AUGUCUGAUCUGACCGUCGCCGAAAAGCAGGAAAAGGCCGCCGUCGACACGCAGGCCUACCGCAACAGCUCGGUCGAGGGCGAUGCCGACAAGACGGUGCUCAAGCACGAGCUGGGCUACGAGCCCGAGGACCACCUGCAGCGCAACCGCAGCCUGCUCACGCUCCUCUUCCAGUCGCUCGCCAUUGCCGCCAUUCCCUACGGCGAGGGUGGCCCACUGCUGAGCGCAAUCUACGGCGGUGGACAGCUGUCCAUCUUUCUCGGCUGGAUCAUCGUCUGCAUUCUCAACGAGUGUGUCGCCGUCUCUCUCGCCGAGCUGGCAAGCCGCUGGCCGACGAGCGCGGGCCCCUCCUACUGGUCGUUCCAGCUGCUCGACCCCAAGUCCAACGCCCGUGUCCUGGCGGCCUAUGCGACGGGCUGGACGUGGAUCAUCGGUAACAUCACCAUUGCGCUUUCCGUCAACUUUGGCUUUGCCAGCCUCAUCUCUGCCACUGCCUCGCUCUUCCACCCCGAUUGGACCGCGUCGUCGUGGCAGCUGCUCCUCAUCUUCUACGCCAUCUGCCUCGGCACGCUGCUCGUCUGCGCCCUCUUCAACCGCCACCUGCCCCUGGUAGACACCUUCUGCGCCGCCUUUACCCUCGUCACCAUCUUUGUUUGCCUCAUCGCCCUGUCUGCCAAGGCCGACGUCGGUCGCCACUCGGCUGCCUAUGCACUCGGCCACUACGACAAGAGCCUCGCGGGCUACGGCGGCUUCACCUGGUUCAUUGGUCUCCUGCCUGCGGCCUACACCUUCUCGGCCAUUGGCAUGAUCUCGUCGAUGGCCGAGGAGUGCCGCGACGCAGCAGUCAAGCUGCCGCAGGCCAUCAGCCUGUGCGUGCCCGUCGGCGGCCUCGCGGGCAUCUUUUUCAUCCUGCCCAUCUGCUUCACCCUGCCCCCGCUCGAAGACAUUGUCAACAACUCCGGUGGCCAGGCGCUUCCUUACAUCUUUGACAGCGUCAUGGGCAGCCCUGGCGGUGGCCUCGGUCUCAUCGUUCUCGUCCUCUUUGUCACGGCCUUUUGCUCCAUCAGCAUCACCGUGGCGGCCUCGCGCGCCACGUGGGCCUUUGCGCGCGACGACGCCAUGCCCGGCGCCCGCUGGCUGGGCAAGGUCAACAGCAAGCUGGGUGUGCCGCUGUGGAGCCUGGCGCUCGUCACGCUCGUCCAGAUGCUCCUUGGGCUCAUCAACCUGGGCAGCACGUCGGCCUUUACGGCGUUUGUGUCCGUCGGUGUGAUUGCCCUCAACCUGUCGUAUGUGAUCCCGAUUGCGACGAGCAUGGCAAAGGGCCGCACCGAGGUCGCCAAGGCCCGCUUCCGGUGUCCGACGCCCGUUGGCUGGAUUGUCAACUCCAUUUCCGUCAUCUGGAUCUUCUUUGAGCUCGUCCUCUUCUCCAUGCCCACGGCGCUGCCCGUCACGGCGACAUCGAUGAACUACGCGUCGGUCGUCCUUGUUGGCCUGGGCUCCAUCGCCCUCGCGUGGUACUUUAUCCACGCCCGGCGCACGUACAACGGCCCACCCGAGGCCCAGUCUUAGAG